AUGAAUAUCCAACAAUCAUCCCCCUCUGGUCAACUCUCAUUCCCCCCUUUAUCCCUCAGCUCAAUGUCCAUCCCCUUUACAAACCCUCCCCUUGUCUUUCUUUCUUGUUUUGCUUCCCAUCAUACUCACUUGUUUGUACUCAUUUGGAAGAUCGAGUUAGAAAUGUUAGCCAUGUUUUGCUCAGAGCUCUGUGGUGUACAGUUAAAUAAAAAAAGCAGAGGCGGGAGGAGAGAGAUCCCCCGAGGUUGCAGGGGGCUGUCAUGUCUGGAGUGCUUGUAUACUGUAGAUCAGAUUAAAGUGCUUUUUAAAGGAAAAAAGCCUCACUGCAGACACAUUAUGCACGCUGACUAG